AUGAAUUUCAUACCGGAACACUUAAACAGAAGUGUUCCGGUAUUCUAUUUCUCAACUGUUUCGCUGGCGCGUAUCAGAGGACGCGAUGGUAGAAUUAGGCGUUCCAAAGAUAUCGGACAUGAAGAGUUUCUACGGCGCCAGGCGGAGGAGCAGCAGAAGGAGGAGUUUGUGCCUGAGGUGCAACCUGUGGUGCAGCAUGUGGUGUGGCCUGGAGGACCGAUUGAUACUAGUCUUCUGACACGGUAUCAUGAGCAUGUUGCUCGUCAUGUAUGGUUUGGCGAGGAACGUCAUGGACCAAGAAUUGAAUUAAAGAUAGCAUCUCUCGGUGGCAAAUUGGCCGAAUUGGUUCCUGAUCAACAUCCACCAAUUGUUGAAGGUUGGAUGACUACAUCUGGGUUGAGUCUACUUGAGCGGACCAGUUUGAACAAGGUCGAUCCGAAUCUUAUAUCCGCAUUUGUUGAGAAUUGGCACCCAGAGACAUCGUCAUUUCACAUGUUGUUCAGUGAAAUGACAAUUACACUGGAUGAUGUUGCGUGUUUGUUACAUAUUCCGAUUAGGGGUGAAUUUUACAUACCGUCAUCGUUCACAGAGGAAGAAGCUGCGGCACUUGCAGCUGAUUUAUUGGGUGUCAAUGUUCAGUAUGCGGCCAGAGAGACAAGAAAGCAGCGAGGUGGAUAUUUUUCUCAACAAUGGCUAUUUGAUAACUAUAUAAGGCAGUGUUCUGUUAAGAAUUAUGAUUGUGCUGUUAGGUCGUAUUUGUUGUUGUUAGUCGGCUGUACCAUUUGCACUGACAAGAGUUUUACACGCGUGGAUGCAAAAUUAGAAAUUAAGUUUUGGGUGACCAAAUUUAAUUUAAUCAUAGUAAGGGGAAGAUAUGUUAGGUAUUUGAUCAUUCUAAAGACUCUAAAUGGUAGCUAG